UCUUUUCUGCCGGGACGGAAAUCUGAUCAGGUUUUUCCCCCACCUUCAGCAGAGAGUUUAAGAGACAGGGGGGGAAAAAAGAGAGAGAAACCCAUCCCUCCCUCUCCCCCUCCUUCCCCUUCCUUCCCCUCCCUCCUUCUCAUUGGCGGGUAACUGGUUGCAAAGCUAGCUGGAAGAGCAGCAGCCAGAAGCGGCUCCAGUUUACCUGCUGGCUGUGGAUCUUCCCAGCGACUGAUGUGACGAAAGGACGAUAUUCGACUCUGGAAGAGGGGAAAAAAAAGGAGCGAAGCAGAGGGAAAUCGGAUUAAACUACCCGUCAUGGCUCUCCGAAGAGAAUGGUUUAUCCGGAGAGACGCAAACCUGUCAGUGAUCUUUGUGAACUGUAUGAAACAAUCCCUUGAAUAACUGGAUCUCUUUUGCAACUGGCAAGAUUUGACGACUUACCAGAGAGCAUCGAGAACUUCAGUCGCAGGUCCUUGCUUGGGCUCGGUCGGAGGCGGAGAAGGCAGGGUGGAUGGAGACAGACAACGCCGAAAUCUUAACCAUGCUUAAUCACCAGGGGGACCAGUUUCCGUCAUCUUUGCGGUACGGAAGGUGGUUUCCGGAUUGUCUGCCGGUGCCUAGCUGGGAUGGAUCGGUCUUCUCUUCUCCUCGUUCCGUGCUUUUUUAGGAAGGUUUCUCUCGUAGAGAUGCAACGAGGACCCUCAAUCUGUUGAAAUACUGACGCCAGUAAACUUAAUACACCCGCUCUCUCUCUCUUUCCCCUCUCUCCCUCCGUGUGUGUUGCGAAGGCUUUGGCGGUGACGGAGUCCGGAGGAAACAUGUGUUUUACAUUUCUGCCUGAUUGUUUUGGUGCAGUCAGUUCCUCCACGAGACACAUGGAUCUGGGCGGCGAUUGCAGUUCAGUCAUGCACCGGGAAUGCUGUUGCCUUGGGUUUGUAAGCAAGGUGAGCACCAACCGUAGAGAGCCCGGCGCCGGCUUGAAAGCGGGGCUUCCUCUUCCUGCCCCACAGAAACUUCAGGAUGGGCACAGCAGGCGGCUUGUCCAGCCCACCCGCAGGAGCCUGGCCUCUUCUGGGGUGAGAGUGAGCUUUCACCAAAGGUCCAGCCCCGGGGAUCUUCCUGGGCCCGCCUCGGAUGGUGCUGGUGGGGUCCGUAAGGGAACCGUGGUCCCGAGGAACGCGAAUGGAGACGUUACUCCUCGGGCGAGGAAGAGCUGGCGAGAUCGAGCGAUGAUAAAGUUCAACUUCGACUUCUUCUGCCGGGGGUGGUGGGCGUUUCUCUUGCUUCAGCUCCACAUGUUGCAAGCUGUGGCACAAGAUGAUGUUGCGCCCUAUUUCAAGACAGAACCAGGUUUGCCCCAGAUUCAUCUAGAAGGGAAUCGUCUUGUGCUCACAUGCUUGGCAGAAGGAAGCUGGCCGUUGGAAUUUAAGUGGUUGCAUAAUGACAUUGAAACCACUGCCUUCUCCAGUGAAUACAAGUAUGUUAUCCCAUCCUUGAAAAGAUCUGAUGCUGGUUUUUACCAGUGUGUUGUGAGGAACAGAAUGGGGGCGCUCUUGCAAAGGAAAUCAGAAGUUCAAGUGGCAUACAUGGGGAAUUUCCAGGACAUGGAACAGAGGAAGACGGUAUCCCAAGGGCAAGCUGCAGUCCUGAACUUCCCAUAUAUCACAAGCAACCCUAGACCACAAGUGACUUGGUUUAGAGAUGGGCACAAGAUUAUCCCAAGCAGCAGAAUAGCCAUCACAUUACAGAAUCAGUUGGUUAUCCUUGCAACAUCAUCAGCAGAUGCUGGCAGCUACUAUGUCCAGGCAGUCAAUGAAAAAAAUGGAGAAAAUAAAACAAGCCCAUUCAUUCACCUGAGUGUGACAAGUGCUGACAGCACAUCUACCACCAUGGAUCCAGUCAUCAUAAUUCCUCCACGUAAUACAAGCGUGAUAGCAGGAAGUAAUGAAGCCAUCAUGGAGUGUGUGGCCAAUGGCAGGCCCUCUGAGAAAUUAAGCAUAGCCUGGAAGAGGAAUGGAAUCAAAAUAGCCACCGGAGUUAGCAGUUUUGGGAGACGUCUCACGAUUUCCAACCCAACCUCUGCUGACAUUGGAAUGUACAUCUGUGAGGCACAGUUGAAAGACAGCGCUAUUGAGCCAGAGAGAGCAAAAGCUUUCUUGUCUAUCCUGGAGCCGCCGUAUUUUACCACUGAACCAGAAAGCCGCAUUUUGGCUGAAGUGGAGAAAAGUGUGAAUAUCCAGUGUCAGGGAAUGGGAGUCCCACUUCCUAAUCUCAUAUGGUAUAAAGAUGCCAUGCCUGUCCAUAAACUUCUGAAUCCUCGAUACAAAAUUCUGGUUAAUGGGAGUCUUCAGAUCCAAGGACUUAAGCCUGAUGAUUCUGGGAUAUUUCAGUGUUUUGCAAGGAAUGAGGUUGGGGAAAUGCAGACUUAUACUUUCCUCGAUGUUACAAAUGUUGCACCCGUUUUUUCCAAGCCACCAGCAGAUACCGUUGUUACAGAAGGAAUGAGUGCAGUUUUAAGAUGCGAUGUUUUAGGAGCUCCAAAACCUGCCAUUGCUUGGAAGAAGGGCGACCAGAUUUUGGCCAGUGGUUCUGUUCAGAUCCCCAGGUUCUUCCUUCUUGAGUCUGGAGGCCUCCAGAUAACACCUGUUUUUCUUCAAGAUGCUGGCAACUAUACCUGCUGUGCAGUCAAUGCUGAAGGAACCCUAAAUGCUUCUGCUGCUCUCACUGUGUGGAAUCGCACUUUUAUCGUUCGCCCUCCUGAGGACAGCACUGUUAUUAAGGGAACCACAGCGAUGCUGCAGUGUGAGGCUGCUCAUGACCCCAGAAUUUCAAUCAGGUAUGUUUGGAAGAAGGACAACGUUGUCAUAAAUCCAUCUAGCAGCUCCCGAAUCACUGUUGAGAAAGAUGGCACCCUCACCAUUAGCCAAACGUGGUCCGGUGACAUUGGAGAUUACACGUGUGAAGUGACUUCCUUUGGAGGAAAUGAUUCCAGGGUGGCUCGCAUGGAAGUGAUAGAACUGCCUCAUCCUCCACAGAACCUUCUGGCCACCUUGAACUCUUCCUUCAGCCGUAGCGUGAUCCUCUCCUGGGUGCGUCCCUUUGAUGGAAACAGUCCUGUCCUUCACUACAUUGUGGAGCUCUCUGAGAACAAUUCUCCCUGGAAAGUGCACCUCUCCGACAUUGAUCCAAAGAUGACCAGUAUUACUGUGAGUGGCUUAACACCGGCCCGAACUUACCAGUUUCGAGUGUGUGCAGUUAACCAAGUGGGCAAGGGCCAGUACAGCACAGAAACAAGCAGGCUGAUGUUACCAGAAGAGCCACCUAGUGCGCCACCUAAAAAUAUUGUGGCGAGUGGGCGGACGAAUCAGUCCAUUAUGGUUCAGUGGCAACCUCCUCCUGAAAGUGAACAUAAUGGGGUUCUCCAUGGCUACAUCCUACGGUAUCGCCUGGCAGGUCUCCCUGGAGAGUACCAGUACAAGAACAUCACGAGUGCAGAGAUUAACUACUGCUUGAUAAAAGACCUGAUCAUCUGGACCCAAUAUGAAAUCCAGGUGGCAUCUUACAAUGGAGCUGGCCUGGGAUCUUUCAGCAGGGCUGUUACCGAAUACACUUUGCAGGGAGUGCCUACUGCACCUCCACAGAAUGUCCAGACAGAAGCUGUGAACUCAACCACCAUCCACUUCUGGUGGAAUCCUCCUCCUCAACAGUUCAUCAACGGAAUCAAUCAAGGAUACAAGCUCCUGGCCUGGCCGACAGAUGCACCAGAAACUAUGACCACAGUCACGAUUACUCCAGACUUUCAUGGGGUUCACAGUGGCUACAUAACCAACUUGAAGAAAUUUACCGCUUACUACACCUCAAUUCUCUGCUUCACCACCCCAGGCGAUGGUCCACGAAGUCCACUGCAGCUCAUCAAGACUCAUGAAGACAGGCCAGGAGCUGUCGGGCAUCUGAGUUUCACCGAGAUUCUGGACACCUCGCUCAAGGUCAGCUGGCAAGAACCCAUAGAGAAGAAUGGCAUCAUUACAGGCUAUCAGAUCUCCUGGGAAGUAUACAGCAAGAAUGAAUCCCGUCUUGCUCGCACUCUUGCUAACACAACCCUUGAGUACAAAAUUACAGGCUUGUCAUCCCUCACCACUUACACAAUAGAGGUAGCAGCUAUGACAGCAAAGGGGACUGGAUUGGUCACUUCGUCUACAAUUUCGUCAGGUGUUCCCCCAGAGCUUCCCGGUGCACCAUCCAAUUUAGUGAUCUCAAACAUCAGCCCCCGCUCCGCCACACUCCAAUUCCGGCCUGGCUAUGAUGGAAAAACAUCUGUCUCCAAAUGGAUAGUCGAGGGCCAGGUUGGUGUCAUAGGAGAGGAAGAGGAGUGGUUAACGUUGUGUGAGGUGGAGAAAGAAUCAGAUGCUCAGAUGUUAGAAAUCCCAAACCUCACGCCUUAUACACAUUACAGGUUCCGGAUGAGACAGGUGAACGUUGUUGGGCAAAGCCCACUGAGUCAGCCAUCUCGGGUUAUCCAAACCCUCCAGGCACCUCCAGACAUGGCACCAGGGAGUGUGACUGUAAGAACAGCCAGUGAGACCAGCCUUUGGGUCCGUUGGGUGCCCUUGCCUGACACUCAGUAUAAUGGGAACCCUGAGUCAGUAGGUUAUAGGAUCAAAUACUGGUGUGUGGACAUGCUGUCUUCUGUGCUGACUAAAGUCAUCAGUGAUCGGCUGGAGAGGGAACACACCAUUGAGAACCUACAAGAGUGGACAGAAUAUGAGCUACAAAUCCAGGCUUUCAACGCCAUUGGGGCAGGACCUUGGAGUGAUGUGGUGCGAGGUCGGACCCGGGAGUCUGUUCCUUCAGCUCCACCAGAGAAUGUGUCGGCUGAAGCUGUGAGCUCUACUCAGAUCCUCUUGAUUUGGGCAGCUGUGCCAGAACCUGAUCAGAAUGGACUUAUUCUUGGCUACAAGGUCUUGUUCAGGGCCAAAGAUGUGGAAAGCAAGUUAAGCAGCCAAGUAGUGAGAGGAAAUCACACCCUUUCCGUUCUUCUAGCUGGCUUACGGAAGUAUGUGCUUUAUGAGAUUCAAGUCCUGGCAUUCACACGCAUUGGUGAUGGGGUUCCCAGCACUCCUCCGGCCAUCGAACGAACCAAAGAUGAUGCUCCAGGUCCCCCUGUGCGACUUGUAUUUCCCGAGGUGAGGCUGACAUCCGUCCGUGUUGUGUGGCAACCACCUGAAGAGCCCAAUGGGAUUAUCCUUGGAUAUCAAAUUGCCUACCGCUUGGCAACCAGGAGCCCGAACAAGUUCACCACGGUGGAAGUUGGCUCCACAGUCAGACAAUUUGUGGCUACAGAUCUCCUCCCCGAGUCAGCUUACAUUUUCCGAGCAUCUGCCAAAACCCGACAGGGCUGGGGGCAGCCCUUGGAAGCCACUGUCAUUACCACGGAAAAGAGAGAGCGGCCUGGCCCUCCUAGGAAACUGAGCAUCCCCCAGUCUGAAGUGACCUCCCGAAGCCUGCAGCUGCACUGGGUUCCUGGAAGCGAUGGGUCAUCACCAAUACGCUACUUCACAGUGCAGAUGAAAGAGCUGCCAGGCGGUGACUGGCAAACAUAUUCAUCAUCCAUCAGCCACGAAGCUACCUCCUGCAUAAUUGACAGGCUGAAUCCAUUUACCUCCUACAAGCUGCGUCUGAAAGCUACCAAUGACAUUGGAGACAGCGACUUUAGCGCCGAGACAGAGGCAGUCACUACUCUGCAGGAUGUUCCAGGGGAGCCCCCAAGUUCUGUGUCUGUGACCCCACACACAACAUCUUCGGUCCUUGUCCAGUGGCAGCCUCCAAAGGCAGAGAGCUUGAAUGGCCUUCUCUUGGGAUAUCGCAUUUAUUACCGGGAGUUGGAAUAUGAAAGCACAGGAUCAGGAUCAGAGUCCAAGAUAAUGAAGAACCCAUCAGCUUUACGAGCAGAGCUUACACCCCAAAGCAGCUUCAAGACAGUGAACAGCAGCUCUGUGUUAACAACAUGUGAAUUAACACAGCUGAAAAAGUACAAGCGGUAUGAAGUUGUAAUGACAGCGUAUAACAUCAUUGGGGAGAGCCCUGCCAGUGCUCCCGUGGAAGUCUUUGUCGGUGAAGCAGCACCAGCGAAGCCCCCACUGAACAUCCAGAUUAAUGCACUCUCUGCAAGUCAGUUGGAAGUCAUCUGGGACCCUCCUCCUUCAGACAGCCAGAAUGGCAACAUCCAAGGCUACAAGGUAUAUUAUUGGGAGGAGUACAGCCGGAAUGACACCGAAAAAGUGAAGGUGCUUUUCCUACCAGAGACGAGCGUCCGCCUGAAGAACCUGACCAGCUAUUCCAAAUACCUGGUCUGUAUCUCUGCUUUCAAUGCAGCAGGAGAUGGACCAAAGAGCGGCCCCAGGCAAGGCAGGACGCACCAGGCAGCUCCAAGUGCCCCCAGCUUCUUGGCUUUCUCUGAAAUCACUUGCUCUACCCUCAACGUGUCCUGGGGGGAGCCUACGGCAGCCAAUGGUAUUCUGCAGGGGUAUCGAGUGAUCUACGAGCCUUUGGCCCCAGUUCAAGGGGUGAGCAAAGUGGUGACCGUGGACAUCAAGGGGAAUUGGCAGCGCUGGCUAAAGGUCAGAGACCUCACCAAGGGAAUGACUUACUUGUUCCGAGUACAGGCCAAGACCAUCACCUACGGACCUGAACUGCAAGCCAAUAUCACGGCUGGGCCAGCAGAGGGAUCUCCUGGUUCCCCUCAGCAUGUUCUCGUUUCAAAAACAGCCUCCGGACUUACUUUGUACUGGACUGAGGGACUCUCGGGAGACAAGCCCACCACCGGCUACAUCAUAGAAACCAGACCUUCAGUUGAAGGACUGUGGGACUUGUUCGUGAAGGAUAUUCCUCGCAGUGCCACUUCUUACACAGUCAGCCUGGACAAGCUGAGACAGGGAGUGAGCUACGAGUUCAGGGUAGUAGCCGUGAAUGAGUUUGGAUACGGAGAGCCCAGCAGUCCCUCGGUGGCAGUCUCAGCUCACACAGAGUCUCCUUUCUAUGAAGAGUGGUGGUUCCUGCUUGUGAUGGCUCUCUGCAGCCUCAUCCUCAUUUUGCUGGUGGUGUUUGCCCUGAUCUUGCAUGGCCAGACCAAAAAAUACCGGAGCUGCAACGCAGGAAAAAGCAUUUCCAAUGUGGAGGAGUCUGUCACUCUGGAUAAUGGGGGGUUUACGGGCCUGGAGCUCAAUAGCCGGCACCUCCAUGUCAAAAACACUUUCUCCAAGAAGAAUGGAACAAGAUCUCCUCCUCGCCCGAGCCCUGGAGGCCUGCACUAUUCAGAUGAGGACAUCUGUAACAAGUAUAAUGGAGCAGUGCUGACGGAAAGUGUCGCCCUCAAUGAGAAACCCUUGGAUGCUUCAGAAUCAGAGGCGACCGAUUCGGACUAUGAGGAUGAGUUGCCAAAGCACUCUUUUGUCAACCAUUACAUGAGUGACCCAACGUACUACAACUCUUGGAAACGGCAGCAAAAGGGCACAAAGCAUCCAGCACCAUACAGAUAUGAGGAGUGCGUGGCAAGCGAGACGGAACCUUAUUUCCAGACUGUCAUCACAACACAGAGCUCAGGGGGGGUGUACACUCCAACAGGACAACCUGCUCCAGGUUCAAGGACUCCAGUGACAGGCUUCUCCUCCUUUGUCUGACAUCAGGAGAAAGAACAAGGACGUAAGCUCAGUAACCUGCCAAGAAGUUUAAAGGAACCACCACCCAAGCAGAGGACUGUAAACCUGAUAGGUGCAGUGAACUGUGGGUAAAUUUCUCUUAUCAGGGUAGACUGGAUGUAAAUGUGAAUGUUUUUUUUUCCAAGACAAUCAACUCUAUAAGAUACAGAGCUGACCUAGUUGAAUUUGGUUUGAUUUUUUUUUUCUAAAAAUCCACAAACGAUAAAAACAACUGAUAAUGUU